AUGUAAUAAAAUAAAUUUUAGAAAAUCAAUAAUAACUGUUCCUCUACUGUUGAUGUCCACUUGAUAUCUCAUUAUAUUCUAGAUCAAAUUUUAGGCUCUUGUCAUAUUUUACUAUAGGAUCAUUUUAUAACAUACUCAAUCCCUAAUUAUACAGAAUUUACAACAAUUGUGCUUUUGAACAAUCUGAUUAAGCAUUACAUUGAUAUUCCAUUAGAAAUGAAUACUACUUAAGAUGAAGAACCACUUCCUCCUUAGAAAGAUUCCUAUUCAGGUUUAAUUCAAAUUGAUCCAUUAAAAAAAGAUAUAGAAAUUAUUUGUGAAAAAGAUAUUACAAGAUCAACUAAAUUUCUAAGAUAAUCAUCUCAUCGAAUGAAAUCAAAUUCAGUCAGUAUUGUUGUUAGCAUGAAUAGAUCCACAUAAAAAAAACAGACUUCUAAAAAAUAAAGUAUUGAAGUUGUUAAACUUGAUGAACCCAAUCAAUAAAUUGAUGAAAAAGAAUAAUAUUAUAGAUAUUAGCAUGAAUUAAAAUGCAAAAUGCUUGAAUAAAUAGCUAAGUAAUUAUUUUAGGAAUAUAUUAAGAAAUGAAAAAAAAUUAGAGGAAGAUAGGGUGAGAUAGAAAAAUCAAUUAGAAUAAAUGAAAAAACAAUAAAAUCAUAAUAAUUGUGGAUAUGAUUAUGAUGGAUCAAUUUUACCCUAUAAUAAACCUUUCAUGUAAGUCAAACUUUAUCAUUUGUAAUCUAAAAUAUUAAAGAAAAAAUAAGAUAAGAAAAAAAUGGAUAAUAAAAAUCAUAUUGAAAAUAUUUAUAUUAGAAAUUAAACUAAAAUUGAUAAUCAAUAGGUAGGUUAAUUAAAAUUUGAAGAUGACAUUAAAUAACACUAAAUUAAUAAAUUUGAAUCUGGUUUAGUCAGAAAUAUGAAUGGUUUUAGUAAAAUAGAGAAAUUGGACAUAUUAAAAAAUGAUUCCUCAUUAAGAAUGACAAAAAAAUAAUAUGAAGAAACAUCAGAGAUGAUUUUUACAGAAUCAUUUGUAAAUUUACAUAAAUAACAUACUAAUAUAGAAAAUUAAUUUCCUGAUAACAAAAGUCAAAUUAUUUCUAAUAUUAAAGUUAAGGUUGGAUCACAAAGAGAUGGAGAAAUAAAGUAUUAAUAAUAAAAUUAUUAAUUUCUAUUGACAGAACCAGAAGAAGAUAGAGAAAUUAAUCUACAUAGUGAUAUUGAAAGGAGAUUAAAUUUGAAAAAUAAAGAAUAAAAUUAAAAAUAAAAUACAUAACAAUUAGUCUCUUUUGUGAACGAAUAAGGAAAACUUCCUACACUUAAAAAAUCUUAAUAAAAUAAAUUAAAUGAAAAAAUUAAAAGAUCUCAUACUCAACAUUGCUGA